AUGGAGUCUGUGAAUGAACAAGAGGAUAUUCAUAGGGAAGACUUUUUCGAUGACCCCAACUAUGAAUCGAAGAUCAUAUGGGUCAAUCAAAUCUCGAGGGUUAUCCCCAAAUUCAACCUUGCCAUGUUCGACUCUCCUACAGAGGAAAUGAAAGGACACCUUAAGCCUCUAUUGCUAACAUUGAUGAUCGAGGGGCAAGAGGUGAAUAAGGCCUUGGUCGACGGAGGUGCAGCUGUGAACAUCUUGCCCAGGACAAUGAUGAAGAGGUUUGGGAAGUCCAUGGCCGAUCUAAAGCCCCAUAAUAUAUUGAUUUCGGACUAUGCGGGAAAGUCUUCACAUCCUGAAGGAAUGAUUAUGCUUGAUGUGCAGAUUGGGAGUGUGAAAAGGACUACCAUGUUCAUAGUAACCCCCUCGAAGGCUAACUUCAAUGUGCUAUUGGGACGCGAAUGGAUUCAUGGGGUAGGUGUUGUCCCUUCCACGGUGCAUUAA